CGGAGGUAUACGGAGUUAAAUUUAACGAGUUUCACGGCUGUUUUGUAACACCUCAUAUGAAGUGUUGGGCUAUCGCAGAGAAAAGAAGUUAAGUGCACACGGAAUAAAGUAUCAAAGGAAAGACCGCUUUGUAGAACGAAUAAUGACACAGCGGUAUGCGCUGUUUGUCGCAGCUCUUGCUGUGAUUGUGGGACUAUACCUCAUGCCCUCUCCCAUUGACCCAGAGCCAUUCAUAUUUGAGGGCCCCCCACCGGCCCUUGAGGGCCCCUUGAAGGUGAACAACAGGCUUCAGUGGGGUCACAGGCUCUUCUCUGGGCAGCUUAAGGGGCCUGAAUCUUUUACUGCUGAUGAAGAGGGGAACAUAUACACUGGCACAGUGGAUGGAAAACUGUGGAGAAUCCACCGGGAUCAGUUGUACUUCAUCACCCAAAUGGGGCAGAACAUCCCGGAAUGUGGGACCAGUACAGACCAUGAGCCGGUGUGUGGCCGUCCUCACGGGGUGAGGCUGGAUGGGCAGGGACAGCUCAUCGUGGCAGACUCUUACCUGGGUCUGUUCCGGGUCCACCCGCAGAGUGGAGAGAAAACCCUGCUGCUGUCCAGCAAGGAAGGUGCUGACGGGAUCCCGUUUGGCUUUCUAAACGGUCUGGAAAUCUCUCGGAACGGCACGGUGUUCUUCACCGACUCCAGCAGCAGGUGGGGCCGGAGGCACGUCCGCUAUGAGGUGAUUGAGACCAACCACCUGGGGCGUCUCCUGGCUUACAACCCAGAGACAGGACUCGUAAAGACGCUUCUAGACUCCCUCUACAUGCCCAAUGGCAUUGCCUUCUCACCCGAAGAGGACUUCCUGCUGAUGGCUGAGACCAGCAUUGGCCGAAUACUCAGGUACUGGUUGAAUGGACCCAAGGCUGGCACCAAGGAGGUUCUCUUGAGCAACAUGCCUGGUUACCCUGACAACAUCCGGGCGAGUGACCGUGGCACGUUCCUCGUGGGCAUCACCACGAUCCGAUUUCCUGGCCGGCUCCUGCCCCCCUUCCUGGACCUAAUCGGGCCCUACCCCGCCAUAAAGCGCCUCAUGACCAAGGUGGUACCACUCGGCUGGUACAGCGCCCUGCUGCCCAGAUACGGUCUGGUUCUGGAGCUGGGCCAGGACGGGGAGGUGCUGGGCAGCCUGCACGACCCGGACGGCAGCCUGACGUGGGCCGUCAGCGACGUCUUCCAGCACGGGGGCCGGGUGUACCUGGGGAACACCGAGCUGCCCUUCCUGCCUGUGCUGGAGGCCAGAUAA